ACCCAUUUUUAUUCGGGUUUUAAGUCUGACAUAUUUGGUUAAAGAUAUAUUACUCUGUUAAACCGAACUCAUCAAGCAGUCUGACCGUGCAGCGCCCCUCAGCUCUAUUAAAUUUGCACAAUGAGCCGCAACUACAAGGAAGAUCAGACCAACGAGGUCGAGGCGUUGGACUCCAUAUACUGUGGCGAAAUGGAGAUUCUCGCCACGGAGCCGCACCACAAAUUCCAAAUUCCCAUUGCCACGGAGGAGUACAGUUCGGAGGAGCCCGAGAAAGGUCUCGCCUGCAAACUGGUCUUCACAUUCACAGCCACCUAUCCGGAUGGAGCACCCGUGGUGGAAAUCGAGGAGCCAGAAAACUUCGAGGACACGUUUGAAACGCGCCUCCUGGAACACCUGCAAAAGACAAUUGAGGAGAACCUGGGCAUGGAGAUGAUCUUUUCGCUGGUGAGCAGCGCCCAGGAGUGGCUGAACGAGCGGUGGGAUGAGCACAAGUUCCACCAGGAGGAACUGCGAGAGCAGAAAUUGCGGGAAAUCGAAGAGGAGGAACGCAAGAAGUUCGAAGGCACCCGUGUGACGGUGGAGUCCUUCCUCACAUGGAAGCUCGAAUUCGAGGAGAGCACCGGCAUUGCCGCCAAGCGGGAGAAGAACAAUGUGUCCAAGAAGCAGACCGGACGCGAACUCUUCAUGUGCGACACCACGCUCAACGAUUCGGACAUCAAGUUCCUCCUGGAGGCGGGUGAAAACAUUGAAAAUGUCAAAAUCGAUGAGACGCUGUUCCAGGAUAUUGGCGAAUUGGAUUUGGAUGACGAUGAUGAUGAGGAUUGGGUGCCCGGGGCGGACGACGAUGAGGAUUAAGUUACAAAUUGGGUUAAACUACUCAAAGGCAAAUUCAUGUAUUUUAUAAAACAUUAAAUGCCAAGUUCUUUAUUAAUCUAA